ACUAACAACCAAAACAAGAAGAAAGAACUAACAACAAUCAUGGCGUAUGAACAAGAAAGCCAUCAUCACCCCAAGGUUCAAUUCCCGUUAGACCCGGAUUCCUACAAGAUCAUCGACGAAAUCGGCGUCGGUGUCAGCGCCGUAGUUUACAAAGCCGAAUGCAUUCCCUUGAAUUCCACCGUCGUAGCCAUCAAAGCCAUCGAUCUCGAUCAGUUUAAGGUCGAUUUUGACAAAAUCCGACGUGAAACCAAGACCAUGUCGUUACUUUCUCACCCCAACAUCCUCAACGCUCAUUGUUCCUUCACCGUCGGCCGCCGUCUCUGGGUGGUGAUGCCCUUUAUGUCCGGCGGUUCGCUACAGUCGAUUAUAUCGUCUUGUUUUCCCGACGGCUUAUCCGAGCAAUGCAUCGCCGUUGUCCUCAAAGAAACCCUCAAUGCAUUAUCGUAUCUUCACAACCAAGGUCAUUUACAUAGAGAUAUCAAAGCUGGCAACAUCUUGAUGGACUCGAACGGGUGCGUUAAGCUCGCAGAUUUUGGGGUUUCAGCUUCUAUUUAUGAGUCGAAUUCGGGUUACGGAUCCGGUUCUUCGACGUCAUCAUCGUCGAUGAUGCUCAGCGACAUGACUGGAACCCCGUAUUGGAUGGCCCCGGAGGUGAUUCACUCGCAUACAGGGUAUAGUUACAAGGCCGAUAUAUGGUCUUUCGGUAUAACCGCGCUUGAAUUAGCCCAUGGGAGGCCACCUCUGUCCCAUUUACCUCCUUGGAAAUCCUUGAUCAUGAAGAUCACCAAGCGUUUUCGGUUUUCGGAUUAUGAAAACAGCAGCGACAAGCACAAGAAAAUCUCAAAAGCAUUCAAGGACAUGGUCGCCGCUUGUCUCGAUCAAGAUCCGUCGAAGCGACCUUCGACGGAUAAGCUUCUGAGACACCCUUUCUUCAAGAGUUGUAAAGGGAACGAGUUUCUCGUGAAGCAUGUGUUGCAUGGAUUGCCUAGCGUUGAAGAAAGGUUUAGGGUUAGCAAGAUUCAUAACAAGGCUAACAUUGAUGAUGACAUUGAAGAAGAAUCAGGGUCUGAGCUUGUUAAACACAGGAGGAUUAGUGGGUGGAAUUUCAACGAAGACGUGUUCCAGCUUGACCCGGUGUUCCCGGGCGAGUCGUCGGUCGAUGACUCUGUCGUGAAACAGGUUCGUUUUGGCGGUGAAACCAUUAUUUCGGAAAGGGUAGUAUCCGAGUCGAGUAGCUUGAAUUUGAACUCACCGGAGGGGCAAUCGAGCUUGGUUAGUACACCGCCAAGCGAAGAACAACAACAAUCCGAUAACACCGUCAAUGCGGAAACGAUGGUGGGGGGACUAAUGACAUUGAAGAAGAGCUUGGAUGAUCAAAGGCAAAAGGUGACUGAUUUGAUCAACUUGUUUGGGGGUGAAGUGAUCAACAAAGAAGAUCAAACUAUGCAAUUGAUCGAGAAACUGAGGCUGGAACUGGAAGCUGAAAGGCAAAAGAACUUUGAAUUGGAGAUGGAACUGGAGUUCCUCAAGUUUCAGGUUUCUGGUGCAUCAAACACAGAUGACAAUGAUUGAACAACUUUGGACAAAUUAGUACAUUUGCUCUAAAAUUUUCAAUCUAGUUUUAGUGUUGUUGUUUUUCUUGAUUACUUGGAACCUGUUCUUUGUCUGGUUUUAGUGUAUCGCAUAUCAUGUAUGAAGUUGGAAUUGAGAGAUUGUGGGAUG